AUGCAACCUGAAGAGAGGACGCCGUUCAUCUUCGAUUUUGACAUGACCUAUAUGUUCUUGUGGGGUGAAAACGACCUUAUUAUCAUGGCCGCAGCUCGGGCAAACGUCAAUGCCCUACUGACCGUUACGUUUUUGCAUGAGCUACAUGAGAUCCUAGUCCGUUAUUUCGAGGUUCUGAAAAGACAAGAUCUGGAGGGCAAAAACGGAACUCAAUAUGAAGAUGAUGGCUUAACCCGAGAGAAGAUUGUGGAUAACCACUCGCUCGUGUACGAGCUACUAGAUGAGUGCAUGGACUUCGGCAUAGUGCAACUCACGGACUACAAUAUCUUGAAGGAGUACAUCAAGACUCAGAUCAAUCGACCACAAAGUGGCGAUUAUGAACACGGCUCAGACCUGGAAUCGAGCUCAGAUGACGAAUUCAGGGUCAAGCGACGCUCCGCCAAAACCGAACAUAAGACCAAGAAGAACAAAAAAGAGCACAAGUCGACGCAUAAUCUCGCUGACAAGACUGAUAUCCUCAAUAACACACAAGCCAAUUUCAUCAACAGCUCAAUUGUGCGUACCCAGGCGCUGGCUAUUAGUUGGCGACCCAAGGGCAUAUUCUACGCCAAGAACGAGAUCUACAUUGACAUCAUUGAGAGAUGCAAUUUCCUUUUUGAUCUUGAGACCAACUCCGUGAAAAAUAAUGACAUAUCAGGUGUUUGCGAAGUCAAAUCGUAUCUAUCGGGAAUGCCAGUGUGUCGACUUGGUCUCAAUGAGCGUUACAUAUCUCAGGUUGAGUACGAUGCUGAACUCGAAGGCGGCGAGGAGGAGGAAGAGGAGCAACGACAUGAGACACCUGAACAAGAAGAGAAUCUCAUACAGCCCUCGGAAAGCGUCGAUAACCUCGACACUGACUCCAUUUCCUCCACAAGAUCAGACCCUAAACCCGAGAAGCGACUCAAGGUACCCAUCUCCAAUGUUUCGUUCCACCAAUGCAUUGAGCUCUCUUCAGUUUACAAAAACAACCUCAUUCAUUUCACUCCUCCGGACGACAAAUUCACUCUUUUUUCAUACAAUGUCGCCCAGCUGAGGAGAAAAGAAAAAAAGCCGCUCGUGAUGAUCGAGCCCAUUUUUAAAAUCAUCAAAUCAGAGGGAAAACUCCAAAUUCUAUGCUCCCUCAAAACAUCAUACAAGAAAAGAUUGCACUGCAAGCCGCUAAUCGUCCGAAUUCCUAUCUCACCAAACCUAUUUCACUUGGACGGCAAAGGUGAUGGUAACCUUCGAUACAAAGCUGAACUCGGAGAAGCACUGUUUGAAGUCGACUCCUCUACAUUAACAUGGACACUUCCUGACGUUCCUGGGUCUAAACUGGUCGUGCGGCUCAUGGCUGAAUUCGCCAUCGAAAAUGCCCAGGACCUCGAACAAAGCGAUUUCACAACUGCAUUCUACCUGCUUUCAAAAGCCCCUGAUGCAGAGGUCCGAGAGGAAACUACUGCCGAUGAACUCAACAAGUACUACGGCGUUGGGGGGAAAUCAUCAUCUGUUUUCAAUGACUUACAAAAGAAUGCCAGAAAUUCCAACAAAUAUCGGGAUAUUCACAUCGAGUUUUCUUUACCCCUCUUGACUUACUCGGGCCUUCGAAUCACUUAUCUCAGUGUUCAGGAAGACACUCUUAAGUAUACGUGCUUCCCGUGGGUCCGGUAUCUUACGGAGGUGCCCAAAGUGGAUACUGUUGGUACUGGUUCAGAUCCGAAGCCCAUAGUGGAGAACGCCAAACCAGUUAAGAAGGGACAGACAAAGUCCCGUAAUGGCUGCAUCACCUGCAAGCAGCGAAGAACGAAAUGUGACGAGACAAAACCCACCUGCUUGAAAUGUGCCAAAAAGAAUAUCGAAUGCGGAGGGUACCCGUCCAGCUACAGAUGGGUCAACCCAGAGUUCCCACCUGCUGCACCAUCCAAAAGACGACAGUCACUGUCUGUCUUGCCAAAAAUGACGCCUCGAUCAAAUGAAGAGCAGUUUAAAGCAGCUCUAGAAAAUGCUGCCAUGUCUGUGGUUGGCAAGUCUCUCAAAGACCUAGAAGCUGAAAAAUCUCACAGACAGCCCGCCGUGAAGAAAUUGCGUCGCAGCUGGAGUCUAUCGGAUGUCGAUAAUGACGAGGGCGCUAAUCAAGAAAAACCUCACAGUAGCCUUGUCGAGUUCAGAUCUCGGAUCAAGAGUGAUUGUCCACCUAGUAGGACCAUCCCCGAGGAACCCAGCACAGAGCUACAGAGCUUACCAAUGGUACCAAGCUCUUCUGAUCAAAUGUCUUCUGUUAUCUCAGAAUCCGUGGUAGACGAUUCGUCUCCGUCCGUUGGUGAAACACCAUUCAAUAGAGAAUCCAUGGCUGACCUCAAUUUGACACCAUCACUUUCAGCCCUUAUGCAUCAAAUAUUUGACCCAUCCGUGGGAAAGCCUGGUCUAGGCGAACCUUAUGCCGAUCCAUCUUUUAGCCCGUUGGAGCUCAGUGUCCCUCAAAUGGACGAAAUAUCCUUGAUGAAGUCGGAAUCAAUUUCCAAACACCCAGAUAGUUUUCGUCAGAACACUGGAUUGACCCUUUCCGAUCAGAGUUUGACUCAUACUUCCGAGCAGGAGCACAUCCUUGGCUUGUACGCAAAUCAUACCUCAGGAAUUCUCUCCAUCAAAUGUGGGCAGAACGAGAAUCCUUGGAACAUCUUGUAUGUGCCUUUAGCCAGGGAAUACAGUUUCGUAUUCAAUUCGAUCGCAUCGAUGACACUUUUUCAUCUCGCUGGAAACGCAAAAGUGCCAUCGGAACGUGGUAACUUACGCUCUAAAGGGUGCUUUUAUAUGAAGAAGUGUAUCCUCGAACUUGCAGCGGGACUUAAAAGUGUUGAGGAGGAUGCUGACGAAUCAUCUUUGCCACCUGAUGUUGCUUUGAUGACUUGCCUCAACUUGGCGAUUAGUGAAUCAUGGGAUACUCAUACCUCAAGCGGAAUAGCCCAUCUCAAAGGUGCUAGAAGUUUGAUCCACAAGGUUUUGUCAGUCAUAAAAGACUAUAUGGGUAGACGUGAGGCACUGCCAGCCGCUAGUCCAGCUGAUGCUCAAAUUCGGAAAAAGCUCAAGCUUGUGGAUGAUCACGAUUGGAAACACAUCGAAGAGGGUUGUCUGUCGUUGCGUGAAAAUAAUAAUCAACAGCCUGACUUCAUCGUCCCGAAAAAUCUUCAGUUGAUUUUCAACAAGUGGAUUUACCUUCAUGUUCUUUCACAGAUGACAGUACAAUCUGGGCAAGAUGAGAGGGGCAUUGAUCUCGUUGCCACUAUCACUACCAUCAUUCAUUCUACUCACAAAAAGAAGAUAAAGCAAGAACAAGAUCUGAUGUUGGAAAAGAAGGAUUCGCCCACGCAUUCUGAGACUGAGCUGAACUCCAGCGGUAAUUUUGGAGGCUUCUUCGAGGACUUCAACUGCUCAUUUCUGAACAGUGAUCUUAUUGAUCCCUUACUUGGGUGUGCACAGUCUCUCUUUCUGAUCAUGGGCAAGGUUGCUAGCUUGAUUUCACAGGUAAGAAAAGAGAAAGAGAGACUGCCAAAGACAAUCCGUAAUUCCCUCAACAACAUCGGCAGAGCCUCUGAGCUAAGACAAAAGCUUUUAGCAUGGAAGCCAGAAGUUUCCACCAGUGGAUUUGCAGGGCAUACCGGUGCUGGUGGUGAAUCGUGGGAUGUCCACUCGUGCAUCACCACGGCAGAAGCAUACAGAACAGCUACCCUUUUGUAUUUACACCAAGCUGUUCCCGAGAUCCCUCUGCUGCCAUCACAUCAACUCGCUGAGAAGAUCUUUGUGCUUCUUGCUACAGUCCCUACCUCCUCGAACCUCCACAUUAUCCACAUUUUUCCCUUGCUUGUGAGCUCUUGUGAGGCUAUGCCUGGCGAAGAACGCCGUUGGUGCGAGAGCCGCUGGGCUUUUCUCUCAGAGCGCCUCUGGAUCGGAAAUGUCGACCGUGCUUUCGAAGUUGUGAAGGAAGUCUGGAGAAGAAAAGAUGAAAAUACAAGAAAGAAAAGAAGAGAGUUGGAGGAGUCCACCAUCACCGUGCAGCGACCUUCUGACUCUUUCUUGCCAUAUCCAUCUGCCAUGUUUCGUGCAAUCUAUAGAAGAAUGAGUACCCGUGGCAGUCUGCUAAUUUCUGAUCCUUUGAGACCAGAUCGAAUUACAAAGUCUCAGGCAGACAGCCUGUUUCCUAAACCCAGGUUUGUCUCUUUUGAUCUCUGGGGUACACUUUACACGCCCAGACGUCUGAUUCCUGAACUGUACCAUGAGAUUUCAAGCAAGGAGUUCAACAUUGAGAAGUCCUUGGAUAGCAUCAAAGAGGAAUUCCCAACGUUGCACAAUCAAAUGCUCGAGGAGUUCCCCAAUUAUGGCAAAUACAGCGAUGAGAUCGAAAACAGCAACGACUGGUGGCUGGAGCUUAUCGUGAAGCUAUAUGGACUUCCGCACUUCUCCAAAGAUGAAAAGUCGGCUCAAUUGUGUAACAGGCUUUUGGAUUACUUUUCGUCCGCCGAAGCCUACAAGUUGUAUGAUGAUGUCAAGCCAGUGCUUGAGAAACUUAGCAAGAACAAUGUCCGGUUGAUUGCUGCGAGCAACUCUGACGACCGGUGUUUCCCUAUCAUGAAGGCGCUAGGAAUUGACAAGUACUUUGCCACUCCACACGUCUACAUCUCGUACGAUUUGGGCACCGAGAAGCCCGAAAGAGCCUUUUUCCGUUCCAUUGCUUCGGAGCUCUACAACAUAGACAAGGCCAAAGAGCCAAAACUCGGCAUGCAAGAGUUUUUAGAGAACCUGUGGCAUAUUGGCGACAGCUAUGAGAAGGACUUUGUGGGAGCUGUGAAAGGUGGCUGGAACGGUGUGCUUGUGGACAGAGCAAGAACCAGUGUAUUCUUCAGAAAUGGGCCUCAGCAGAAGCAGGUUAGCAACGAUUGCUUUGAGGCUCAGGCUACGGAGACCUUGGAUAGCGAUGAUUUGGUGAUGGUGGCUAACAACAGAGUUGCGGUGAGCUCUUUGUAUGAGAUCCCCAGGCUUUUUCAGCUAGACUGA